AAUCAAAAAUUCCGACACUAAACCAAACCCGGAUCCGACCCGGAAAUAACAGACAACUCGUCCUCCACGAUCUCCAUCUCCAGUUUCAGUUUCCACCAAAAGAGAGCGAGAGAGAAAGAUCUCAGAGAGACAAACCAAGAUGUCGCUGAGGCCGAGCACACGCGCGGAGCUGAGGAAGAAGAUAUACAAGACAGGUGUUGACGCCGAUGAAGCUAGGCGGAGGAGAGAGGACAACCUCGUGGAGAUCAGAAAAAACAAACGCGAGGACAGUCUCCUCAAGAAACGCCGCGAAGGGAUGAUGCUCCAGCAGCAGCAGCAGCCUCUCGGAGCUGGUCUCGACGCCCUCCAGAGCGCUGCCGCCGUUGAGAAACGACUAGAAGGUAUCCCAAUGAUGGUACAAGGUGUUUAUUAUGAUGAUCCCCAAGCUCAGCUAGAAGCCACUACUCAAUUUAGAAAGUUAUUAUCUAUAGAGCGCAGUCCUCCGAUAGAUGAAGUGAUCAAAGCUGGUGUUAUCCCACGUUUUGUUGAGUUUCUUGGAAGGCAAGACCACCCACAACUUCAGUUUGAGGCUGCGUGGGCUUUGACCAACGUUGCCUCAGGAACAUCAGAUCAUACUCGGGUUGUGAUUGAACAUGGGGCGGUACCUAUCUUCGUUGAGCUUCUUAGCUCUGCUAGUGAUGACGUUCGAGAGCAGGCAGUGUGGGCCUUGGGGAAUGUUGCUGGAGACUCGCCAAACUGCAGGAACCUUGUUCUCAGCUGUGGUGCUCUUAUACCAUUGCUGUCUCAGUUAAACGAAAAUUCAAAGUUAUCCAUGCUAAGGAAUGCUACAUGGACCUUGUCCAACUUUUGUCGUGGGAAACCACCAACACCUUUUGAAGAGGUGAAGCCUGCCCUGCCAGUUCUUCGGCAGCUUAUCUAUCUAAAUGAUGAAGAAGUUCUCACAGAUGCCUGCUGGGCUCUCUCCUACCUUUCAGAUGGCCCCAAUGAUAAGAUUCAGGCUGUGAUCCAGGCUGGUGUCUGUCCACGACUUGUGGAGCUUCUGAGUCAUCCAUCACCUACGGUUCUCAUUCCUGCACUUCGAACUGUUGGGAACAUUGUAACUGGUGAUGACUCUCAGACACAGUUUAUAAUUGAUAGUGGCGUACUUCCACACCUUUAUAAUUUACUUACGCAAAAUCACAAGAAGAGUAUCAAAAAAGAAGCUUGUUGGACUAUCUCAAAUAUCACUGCUGGGAACCAAGCUCAGAUAGAGGCUGUGGUUGGUGCUGGAUUAGUACUUCCUCUUGUGCACUUGCUCCAGAACGCUGAGUUCGAUAUAAAGAAGGAAGCUGCCUGGGCCAUUUCCAAUGCCACAUCAGGAGGGUCUCAUGAGCAGAUUCAAUAUUUGGUGAACCAAGGCUGCAUCAAACCUAUUUGUGAUCUACUGAUCUGCCCUGACCCUAGGAUUGUGACAGUGUGCCUCGAAGGUCUUGAAAACAUUCUCAAGAUCAGUGAGGCUGACAAGGAGAUGGGACUAAACGGUGGGGUGAAUCUCUAUGCUCAGAUAAUAGAAGAGUCCGAUGGACUAGACAAAAUCGAAAACCUUCAGUCCCAUGACAACAACGAGAUAUAUGAGAAGGCUGUUAAGAUCUUGGAGAGAUAUUGGGCUGAAGAAGAAGAUGAAGAGCAGAUUCUGACAGACGGUGGGAACGAGAAUCCACAACAGGGAUUCAGUUUCGGUAAUAACCAGCCAGCUGCUCCUCCUGGUGGAUUUAAGUUUGGCUAAAAAAAACGUAUAGAACAAAUUGAUAUCGUGAGUUUGGGGGAAGUGUGAGAUUCAUUUUUUUGCAACUGUUAUUUGAUAUUGGCAGGUUUGAGUUUGAGGUUUUGAGUACUGGUUCAAAACGGCUUUUCUGUUUUUUUUUUAAUUUGUCUGAUUCAUUCUGAGUUUGUUUGUAUCUUAAUAUCUUAAAAGUCUGGGAUAAAGUGUGGUUACUGGUUUAGGAAAUGAUCACUUUUGUAUUUGUCACUUCUCUCUUUGUUUGUUAUUAUAAUUUUAAAAACUUUACUCGCCAGAGUGCAAAUACAAGAAAUGUUAUUUGA